AUGCCUACUGUGGUGGUAAUGGACGUGUCUCUGUCCAUGACACGGCCAGUGUCACUGGAUGGCAGCGAAGAGUUUCAGAGAAAGAACCUGGCUGUGCACGGACUUAAUAUGUUGUUUGAACACAUGGCCUCAAACUACCGCUUGGAGUUCACGGCGCUGAUGGCCUUUUCUUCCCUGUGGGAGCUUCUAGUGCCUUUCACCAGAGAUUAUAAUGCAUUACAGGAGGCUCUGAGUAGCCUGGAAGAUUAUGACAAGACCUGUGUUGAAUCAGCUCUUCAUGGAGUUAGUAAUGUAGUACAGCAGGAGUGGGGUAGUGCCUGUCCCUGUCAGGUGGUGCUAGUUACUGAUGGAUCGCUCGGCAUUGGGAAGGGUUCUUUACGCCAUUCGCUCCAAACAUUGAAACAGCGUGGGGAUGACAAGAAAUUCCCUCUUCCUUUCCCUUUCCCUACCAAACUCUUCAUCAUGUGUAUUGCCAAUGCAGAGGAGUUACAGAUGACUGAUGCCAUGGACAACCUGGAGGAGCUACUUCGUCUUAGUGGAGAGGAUGGGCAGAUCUUUACUAUGGAGGGACCACUUUGCAUGAAGAGUGUGCAGACCAUGUUUGGGAAGCUGAUUGAUCUUGCAUACUCUCCCUUCCAUGCGGUUCUGCACUGUGGGAAUCUGUCCUCAGAUGUUCAGGUGUUUCCUCGACCCGAGCCUGUCAUAAUGGAUGAAGAGGUUGAGCCCAUGCCCCGAACUGUUAGUACAGAUUUGGAGAUUGUGGGCUUCAUUGAAAUAGCUGACAUUGCCAGUCCUCCUGUCAUAUCCAGACACUUGGUAUUACCUAUUGCUGUAAACAAAGAUGUGGAUGAAGUUGGCACAGGGGCCACAGAUGAGCUUGAGGAGGAACCUUCUGCCAGUCAGAUGGCAGGCAAAAGUCCCAAUUUUUGUGUACUUUUACAUGGAAGUCUGAAGGUUGAAGGCAUGGUGGCGCUGGUCCAACUGGGGGCAGAGUGGUUUGGCAUGUUGUACUCCCAGGCAGACAGCAAGAAGAAAUCAAACUUGAUGAUGUCUCUUUUUGAGCCUGGUCCUGAGCCUUUGCCCUGGCUGGGCAAGAUCUCACAUUUGGGACCAAUCUCAGAAGCGGCUGAUAAUCCCUAUGGAGAGGAUGACAGUAAAAGUCCAUUUCCUGUACAACCACCGGUUAAACGAAGCUAUGCCCAGAAUGUAACCGUAUGGAUUAAGGCCAGUGGACUGCAGACUGAUGUCCAGAAGAUCCUGAGGAAUGCAAGGAAAUUGCCAGAUAAAACUCAGACCUUCUAUAAGGAGCUGAACCGUCUGCGGAAGGCUGCUUUGGCUUUCGGUUUCUGGGAGCUCCUGAAGGGAGUGGCCGAUCUGCUGGAGAGAGAGUGCACCAUGUUGCCAGACUCAGCGCAUCCUGAUGCUGCUUUUCAGCUCUCCCACGCUGCACAGCAGCUUAAAUUGGCAAGCACUGGUGACUCUCAGUAUGCCGCUUUUGAUCACAAUAUUGCUCCCAUGCACACAGACUUCUCAAGCUGAGCUGCAUCUGAAUUUGUCUGCAAAUCACAGCUUCAGCCUGCGUGGACCAAUGUGGAGCAGCACUGUGUGUAUCCUGAAAAUUGUUUAAACAUUCACAAGAUUGCUUCAAGAAGUCAUUUGUGGGACUCAAUAAGAUGGUAAACUAAAGAAGUUACAAUGUUCAGGUGUAUUUUUUUUUUUUAACAUGUUCCUUUACAGUAACCUUUUGACACAAUGACCAGAUUUAAAAUGUAUUUUUAUUCAGUGUCAAAUAACGGCCACAUUUACAGGAAACUGGGUGAACUUUUAUUAAUGCUGGCAUUCAAAAUUCAAAUGGAAAUAAUAAAACCGCAGCCUGGAAAUAAAAAUUAGUUUAACAUU